AUGGCGGACUCGGGCGCAGGAGGGGGGGGCGGCGGAAAGGGCGGCGAUGGGGGAGGCAAAGGUGCUGGAGGGGGUGACGGGAAUGACGAGAAGCUGGCGCAAUUUAUCGCGGUCACCGGGGUGUCUUCGGAGGACGUCGCCAACCACUGGCUAGAGGCAAACGCUUACUCCUUAGAGAACGCGGUCAGCAUGUUCAUGGAUAGCGGCGCGGGAGGCGGGGCCGGAGGAGGGGGGGGAAGGGGUGGGGGCACCGGCGAGGCGGCAGGCGGGGGGGCGGCGUUGUCGACGCCAGCUUUUCCAAGCGAGGCAGGAGGGCCCCAACCAGGGGACCCCGAUUACGUCCGACCCGCCGACCCCUACAAGAGGCAACGGCUAGUCGAAGAUCCGCGGUCUCACGGCGGGCAUCCGUACGGCGGCAUGGCCACCGCCGCUAGGUGGAGUGGCGCCGCUGCCCAGGGGCACAUCCCAUUCAGAGACUUCCAGGAGGAGCACCGACAGGCCGUGCUGGCUUCAAAUCCCUUCGCCAGCGCGGCAAAGGGCAAGAGGCCCUCUGACCCGGCCGCUGCGGAGAAGCAGAAGAAGCUCGCGAGCAUGUUCUCCCCUCCUACCGACAUCAUGUUUAUGGGGGAUUUCCAGGCCGCCCGUCAGGCGGCGAAGCAGCAGAAGAAGUGGCUGCUGGUAAACAUCCAGACGGAGGCCGAGUUCGACUGCCACCGGCUGAACAGGGACGUGUGGAAGGAUGAGAUGGUCCAGAACAUCAUAGAGUGCAACUGCAUAUUCUGGCAGCAACCGUCUAUCUCCGAGGAGGCGAAGCUGUACUGCCGCCGUUACAACGCCACCGGGUUCCCACACAUCGCCCUCAUCGACCCACGCACGGGCAUGAAGGUGUGGAAUUUCCACGGCUUUCUGGCACCGCCGGAGUUCAUCGAGAAAGUCACUGACGUGACGGACAAGAUUUCGUUCGAAGACGGGGCUCCGGAGAGACUCCCCCCCCCCCCUCCAAGGCAACCGCAGCUACCGCCUUCCACAGGCGGAUCCGAGGACCAAAUGCUGGCGGCGGCUAUCGCUGCGUCUCUCGACACGGGAAACGGCGGCGGUAGCGACAGCGGCAGCAGCAGUGGGGGCGGCGCGGACUCCAGGGUAAUGGCGGCCCCCCCUACGAGCAGCGGCGGUGGGAGCGGCGCACCCGUCGCGACGGUGGCGGGAGGGCCGAUCAGCGUGGACGACAGCGACGAGGAGGAGGAGGAGGAGGAGGAGGAGGACGCGGAUCGGCGGGUUGGUUUUGAAGUUGGCGAUGGGAGGAGGCAAUGGCAGAGAGAGAAAGGUGAUGUCGCCGUGCUACCAGCAAGCGCGGCAGCCGCAGGUUUGCCGGCCUCCAAGGCCCAACGGCAACAAGAGAAAGGGAACGCGCGAGCGGGAGCGGGGGCGGGAGGCGGGGCGGUGAUGGCGGCCGGAAAAGGAGAGGGAGGCAGCAGCAGGGCGGACGCCGUGGACGUGACGGACGACUCGGGGUACGCGCACGACCAGCCGGGAAAGGAGGAGGAGGAGGAGGAGGAGAGGUUGGAGGACCCCCCAGGGGAUGACUGCGCCGAGAAGAUCAGCGUGCGGUUCCAGUUCCCGACGGGGGCGAGGGUCUUGAGAAGGUUCCGGAAGAGUUCCGACGUGCGGCAACUGUUCCUCUUCGUCCGCACGGAGCUUGAGGGCGCCAAGGCCAAGCCGUUCGACGUGCGCACCGUGCGACCACCCUGCUCCGUGAGGAGCAAGGAGGGGAGUUCCAUCGAGGAGGCGGGCCUGUCCAACUCAACUGUGGUGGUCGCAUGGGAGGACUGA